AUGGUCGUCCUCUUCAACCGAGUGCACAGCUUUGGGAGGGACACACAUGGAUCGGUGAGGGAGGAAGGGGACACCCGCCUAGCCAGCCAGAUCAGUCGAAUCAACCCUGGCGAUCAAUGGGGUGACAGAUGUCGCAGCCAGAUCACCCUCACAUCCAAGCCUGGGGACUGUGUUGUUACGAUACUGCUUGCUGAAGAGGACAAAGUUGAAGAUGAUGUAGUUUUUUACUUGAUAUUUUCGGGUUCUUCCCUCCAUCAUUGUACAAGUACCCGGAAAAUCAGUCCUGAUACGUUGGAGACCAUUACACCUGGUCAUGACUGCUGUGAGACGGUGAAGGUGCUGCUCUGCGCUUCCAAAGAGGGCCUUCCCGUGUUUGUGGUGGCAGAAGAAGACUUUCACUUCAUCCAGGAUGAGGCAUAUGAUGCGGCUCAGUUCCUGGCAACCAGCGCUGGAAACCAGCAGGCCCUGAACUUCACCCGCUUCCUGGACCGCUCGGGACCGCCGUCUGGGGACGUGAACUCCCUCGAUGAGAAGGUAGCACUGGCGUUCAGACACCUGAAGCUCCCAGCCGAGUGGAAUGUUUUGGGAACAGAUCACACUUUGGAAGGUGAGGAUUCAUAUGAUACUUUAUGGCAUUUAAUUUGUUAUGUAAAUGUUUCUAUAUAA